AUUAAUUUCAACAUGAGUAAAAGUGAAGAAAAAACCGUCUUAAUUUUUGAAGAUGUGCAGAAAGCUGUGCGUAAUGCAAUUGGAUUAGAUGCUCACUUAGUCGAUUAUAAUUUUAAAUCUUUAUCUGGCGAUAAAGUUGGAUUCGCUGGCUCACAUCAAUUUUUAAAUGUAGAAGUGAUAAAAAAUGGUAAAAAAUUAGCUCUUUGUUUUUUUAUGAAAACUUUUCCGUACGAUGUACCAGUACAAGUGGCCAUGAUAAAAAAUUGUAAAUUGUUUUUUAAGGAGUCAAAAUUUUAUGAAUCGAUUUUACCAAAAUUGAUGACAAGUGUCAAAAACAAAUAUUGGAGUGCUCUGUGUUAUCUGUCUAAAGAAAAUGUUAUAAUUCUUGAUAAUAUGAAGGACAAACAUUUCGAAUUAAAAGGAAUGAGUUUGUGCGAAACAUACAUGAAAUCAGCUUUAAAAACGUUGGCUUUAAUGCAUGCUUCGGCUAUGAUCGCUGAAAAAAAAUUGGGCCAAUCUUUUCUCGAGGUUUACCCGGAAAUUUUUCAAGAAGCUGUUUGGACAAAACAAACAAAAUUUUAUGAUUGGUACAGAUAUGGAGUCGAUGCAGCUGUGUCAGUAGCAAAGAAAUUUGGAUUGGAUUACACUUGCAUACCCAAAGUUUGCAGUGCGGUGUUCCAAAAGGCAGCUCCGUCGAAAAAAUGGACGAACGUCGUUUGUCACGGUGAUACUUGGGCCUAUAAUUGCAUGUUCGAUGAUGCAAGUCCUCAACCACGGUGCGCACUUGUAGAUUUUCAAAUGGUUCGUUACGCGCCUCCAACCUCAGAUGUGGCUACUUUGCUAUUUUUAGCAACCAGGAAAGAUGAAAGGAAAAAAAUUGAAAAAGAUUUAUUACGUCACUACCAUGAAGAGUUGUGCAGUGCUUUGUUAGAAAAUGAUCGAACGAUGAAGCUACCGACCUUUGCGUAUAUAAUGGAAGAAUACGAAGAUAUGAAAACCAUUGGUAUGGUUCACGCAGUGGUCGAUAGGCCAAUUACUCAAAUCCUUGAUAUUGAUAAUAACUCCGAUGAUGUUGAUAGUUCCGAUGGCUGCAUGAACAUUAUCUUUGGUAGACGAGAUAAGUUGGUGAUGAAACUCAUGGAUAAGCAUCCACAUUACAAGGAUAUGGUCCUUGAGCUUAUUGGAGAAAUCAUCGAGAAUGCAUAAACUACUUUUAACAUAACUAAUUUUAAAAUUCCACAUAUAAUGUUUAUGAUUAAAUUGUGAUAAUUGAAACAGCAAAGAGUAUUGAAUAUUUUACAUAGAUUUUUAUAAAUAUAAUCUUGAAAACUUCAUUUAUUGCAAGUGUAUAGAUGCUGGAAAAUUUUAAAAUAUUCGAAAUAUUUGAAUUGAAAUACCUCCAGCAAAAUUUCAAAUUCAUUCCAACCUUUGCUUUAAAAUUUUUUUAAAUAUUAAUUGAUAACAUAAGAAUUUUCAACUGGUAUGGAAUAUAUAAUAGCAAUUAAUUAUUUGAAAUUAGUUAAUUACAAGUAAAUUCAGAACUUAUGUGAGAGUUUUUGAUCAAUC